UUUCCGUGAGCAUGAGCAUGUCCGCGUGUAACACCUGGCGUACCGGACCCGAAAAUUUUCUUCGAACGAGCUCUGAGCAGUGUAGCCCUCCUGUCCGCUGUUCGGUGCCCGCUGCCCACCUCCCUCUCCUCCUUCCGACCUCGCCGCCUCCCUCCCUAAACUCUAAACCCUCCACCAGCCGAAGCUACUGCCGCGGCCGCAACAGAGGUCGCGACGACGAACGCUGAAGAAGCGCCGGCGAGGGAGAGUCCUUUACUUUUUCCUAUGCUGUAGCAAAACAAGCCUAUAUCAUCUUCCAAAUAUACUCGUUCCGUGCCGGCGGCCUCCCCUCCUACGCCCCUGCCGAUUCUUCAAUCUUCACCAACGUCUGCGCGUAGCAGGCUAGCAGUCGGCACGACUUCCUCAGAUCUGCCGGACGACUUGCUGUUCGUCACCGACUCACCAGCAACCAACGUCAGCCAUCAGCCGGCAGCAGGGGAAGCUGGGCGGAGGGUCAUUGCGGCACGGCGUCCAGGCGUACAGCAGGCACCAGCAACAGCCCAUGGCAAACGCCGCAGAUGACCCUAUGGCAGAUGAAGCCAGAGUAGAAGAUGCCUUCACACAGGAGAUCACCGAUUAUUCGUACGUCCCUAGAUACCAUGUGUUGAGUUGGAUGGAAACUGUGGAGGGGAUGGUGGCCGGUGUGGCGGCGCUUCCGCCGGUGUAUUUGAUACUGAACAGAGAGAUAUAUGAUACAUGCUCCUGCUUGCUCAUGAUGCCGGUUUGGUGCCAAGGCUAUCUUCUUGAGACGGGAUGGGGAUGGAAGAGGCUGGUGCCCUACAGACCUGGUUAUGUUGAGUGGCAUGUGUUCAAGAAAUACCUUGGGGACUAUUUCGACCAUAAUCGUGAAGCUUUUCUUUGUGCCGAGCAGAAGCCUGAUCCAUUUGGAUGGAUUAUUGCUAAAAAGAGUGCCCUGAUUGCUGCAGCCAAAUUGUGCCUCAAGAUGGAGAAGGCACUUCUCAGGUACUGUGCUAGCUUUCUCACUCCUGACGACAAAAGGUUGAUCCUCCGGAUCAAGGACCAGGCAAAGCAAAUGAUCCAAUCAGAGGGUGAUCAAUCUUUGGUUGUAACUAUAUGCUUGGAGGUAUGCUUGCUACAAACUACACCAAACUGUUGCCAAACUAGCGCCAGGGAUUCGAGCCCUCCCCGCGUUUCCUUGAGCAUGAGCCUGUCCGCGUGUAACACCUGGCGGACCGGACCCGAAAAUUUUCUUCGAAUGAGCUCUGAGCCGUGUAGCCCUCCAGUCCGCUGUUCGGUGCCCGCUGCCCACCUCCCUCUCCUCCUUCCGACCUCGCCGCCUCCCUCCCUAAACUCUAAACCUUCCACCAGCCGAAGCUACUGCCGCGGCCGCAGCAGAGGUCGCGACGACGAACGCUGAAGAAGCGCCGGCGAGGGAGAGCUCCGACGAGUCCUCUCUGUCGGCCAGGUUGUCGGUGCCGAGCGCGCGGUCGUCGUGCAGCUCGUGGGACCAGUCCGCCGAGCGGCUGCUAGAGGCGGACGCAGCCCUCGUGCGGAAGAAGUGCGCCGAGAAGAGCGCGCCGAGGCCGAGGACGCCGCCGGGCAGCAGGUCCUCCAGCGCGGCGAGGUCUUGGUCUUGGUCUUGGAGCAGGGUCUUGGUCUUGGAGCACUGCACGAGGAGCACAUCGGCAUGGUAGUGCAGAGAAACCUGUGAAGCAACGUACGUGAUGAGUAGGAGAUAUGUUUUCAUAAGCUAAGCUGCCAUCUCCUUUCACUAGACUUAUUAAUUGGUAUGUCGUCUAUACACGUAAGGACCAUAUAUUUACCGGCCGGAGAAAUUCUCGCUGGUUUUUGGAGGCAGCUGCACACGGGCACAAAGGGGUCGUUGUAUUCAAUUAGGGUUCUCUCACAGUAGCUGAGACGUACGCGUACGUUGGCCAAAUAUCUUUUAUACGAGUCAUCUAUCAUUGAUUUAGAUUAUCUAUCAUUGUUCCAAAAAUUCAGUUACUAAGAGACAGACUAAGAAAAGGUAAAGAUAUUUGUACUUUCUUUUAUAGGAGCAGAUGAAGGCAUAAUAUCCCUACUUAGACAAAUUUAUCUCCAUAUUGCAAUUUAAAUGGUAGCAGUAGAUCAUUAAUCUAGUAUCAAUCAAAAUAUUCGGGAAGGAUUGCUUGAAGUAUUCUAUGGAGUUUAUGAAAAGGAUCCUGACAAAGUUAGUUCUCAGGGCAUAAUAUCCUGCAGAUGAUAGUUUAUACCCUGUGAUGUUCUGGGAAGUGUUGAAUCUUGUAUUCCUGCAGGUGCUUCAAGCAAUGGUUCAAAUGGGUGUCCUUGUUCCUACUGGAGAUAUGACUGUUGUCAGAAGAACCGCUCAAUUUUUCCUUAAUAGCUUUCAAGAGUGCCUAACAGCACAAAGGAAGGAGAGAGAAAUGGCAACCGCAGAACUGGGUUUCAAAAAGCAAUUAACUAAGGAGGAGAAGUUUGAAAAGAGGAAGCAGAGACUUGCUGCAAUCGGAGAGGAUCUUUUGGCGAUUGCUGCUGAUCAACCAUUUCGCUUCCCUGCCACAUUUACAUUUGUGGUCAGAGCAUUCUCAGUUCUAGAUGGUACUGGGAAAGGCCUUGAUCCUAGGUUUCAUAUUACAGAGAUUGCUAAGCCGUGAGUACUUUUUGCAUUACUAGCAUCUGAAUACUUAUUCAAAAACACGCAAAGCUUGCACAUCUUCACUUAUUAUGUACUGUCUAUAUUUUCAUCUUGAACUUUUCUGGUACUGACUUGAAAUGUCUGUUAAAUUUGCUAGAAAUGCCAAGGAAUUGCUAAGAUUUAAUGACGCUGGUGUUGAAAUAGUUGUGAAGGCAAGUUUCAACAUUUGGUCAAAGCUGUUAACCUAUCUCUAUGAUAGCACAUCUCCUAAGGGUUAGGGCUUGUUUGGCUAGGAGCGGAUUGAAGGGGAUUGGAGGAGCCUAUUAAGCAUUGAACAAUUUACCCAUGCUUGUUUCCUAUUCUUUGGUCGUGAUAACGUUUGCAACCAUGAAUAGUACAUAUUGCUUUUCCAGGUGUGUGGAGAGACAUGUGUAUUCCUCCUAUGACGAAUUCCUUAGGCUCCAUGAAGGUAAGCCUGUCUUAAUGGGCUUGAUUGUUGAACCUGACUUAGUACUUUUAUCCAUGUCACGGCAUUGAACUAGACAGUCACUCAUGUCCUUAGGAUAUUAACGGUAUACAUCAACAAUUCAUUCUAUUUUAAUUGCUUGCAAAACUUUUUUGGCCCUUCAAAUGAGUUCCACGCAUCAAGAAGUCAAGAUUCCAGGAGGCCUAAAAUAGGUAAACUUGCUGUUAUAUCUUUUGUGCUCUCAGUAGUCGCCUAUUACUUGUUUUAAUUCGCUGAUCCAUGUGCAGUGUAUCAAUUUGUCUUAGUAUUUUUAUUCGUGGGGAUGCCUGACUCAAAUGAACUCAUGUUCAACACUGAGCAACCUACUUAUAAUUUUGGAGCCUAUAAAAUUUCUAAGCUAAAAAAGGUAAUAAAAAGGAAUGAUAUUAUAGUCACAUCAUCUGAACAACAGUGAAGGGAAGGGAGGGAUAGAUGGUCUGAAUGCCUAUAAAUGUCGUUCCCUUGGUCUGCUUCUUAAAUUUGAAACCAAGAUACUAUAGUCAAAUACUUCUAAACUUGAAGCCUGUAAAUUGGAAUCACCAAGUUAAAUAAGAACAGGGGUAACUAUUCAUAGCUCAGAUGGUUGUCAUCCAAUACGUGCGCUAAGGCACAGACAGGUGAGGUUGCAUAUUCAAUCCCCAAGACAGUAAACCAUUGAGGCAUAUUAAAACACAUUUUCCAUGAGGUUUCCUAAGUGAUCCUUUAGGUAAACAGAACCAUACCUAGCUCCAUAUGAAACUAUUUCCCGAUUUGAAGUACACCUAAGUUAAGGUUCAUACAUUGGAGCUCUGGCAGUAAAACAAUAGUCCUUACCUUGAGACAGCUUAGAUUAGAAUGAGGUGGAUGGUAAUAUGGCAUGAGCAACAUACCACAGUUCAUGCAUGGAGGAAAUCAUUUUUACUUUCUUUCCUAGCCAUGGUAGUUGUGUUGCUCCUUACCAAGGCACUACAUGGAGCAUCAUAUGGUUCAUGAUGUAAACAUGGUUUUAGAUCUGUCUAUACUCACACUCAAGAACCAGCCAAAAUGUGAUAUUCCACAACCUGAGAGAAAUCAAAAUGAAAUCAUGUACAACAUAGUACAUAUGAUGAUGUGCGGUGAUGCGGGUGCAUGUGUGUUGUGUGUGUAGGAGAGGAGGGCGCAGCUUGAUUCAAUCCAUGUCAAGUCAGAGGCUGCUGCGAGGUUUGCACAUGCAAGUAGAAUUUAGAUGGUGAGGUUUUGUCUCUGUUCCCAUUUUUAUAACGACUAGGUGUUUGAAUUCCUAAGAUUAAAGUUUAUGUAGAUUCUUCUUUGUAAUUAGAUCUCUGUUAGGCAUCUAACUGAAUAAAUGAUCUCCAUUAUGGACUGGUUAUAUUAUUUUCUGUGCGAUCGGAUGGGUUAAAGAAAAGACGUGAAAUGGUAUUUUCCAGUAUGGACUGUAUAAAUGUAAUUAUAUUCCUAUGCUGGUACGUCUGUCUAACCUUGCUAUUACACUUCUAUUAUGGCUUUGUGUUUACCCAAAGUUCCAAACCUUUCAGGUCCUGCUUCGCUUUCAUGUGGAUUUAUCUUGCAAAUGGUAUGUGGAUCCGUUCCAGAGGCAAUGAGCCUUGCAGCCAGUUUGCAGUAUAAAAAACCCAAUUAUGUCCACUGUUGGUUCGACGCAGCGUGUGCCGAGGAUUUCUACUGCCAAGCAUAAGAAAGUAUUUGAAAUCAAGAACUUGCAUUCAUUCAAUCAUAAUGUGUUUCCUAUCAAGCAUAAGUGUGUGUGUUUUGUUUGAUAUCUGCUUUAAUAGGAGAUUGUUCUUGUCACCCCAAAAAUGUUCCCAUUCUACUUUCGGGCAGGUGAAUUGCAGAUAAAUGGUCUGUUCGCAACUGGUGCUCUCGGGCGACUCCAUCACUGAGCAACCCUUCGCCCCGGUGGCUGCGGUGUCGCACUGGCUGACACCUGCUCGCAGUUGCAUUACAAGUUUUACUGACUAUGUAUUUUCAGGUUUAUUCAAUUUCAGUUGUAAUGCUUCUGACAGCAGUUGUAUCAGUCCUCUUGUUCAGCUUCCAUGUAUCCCUCGCAUCCUUCCUUGGAUCCACAUAAGUGUUAAUGAUAAUUUUGUUGCAUCUCCUCUGCUGAUCAGAGCUUUCAAACUCAUGACAGAAUAAUGUACUAAACUUCAGUUUGGUGUCUAUCUCAGUGUACCUACACUCAGUUGGAAAACUUCAACCACACUGCAACAAGGUUUAUAAAAGGUACUGUUACUAUUGUUAAAAUUAGUCAUUUUAGCUAUCCGCUUCUAUUUCACCGUGCUUGCAGGUUUGCUAUGAGGAAAAACAAAUUUAUGGGCUCAAACAAAGUGUGAUAGUGAAAGUCAUUUUGCUUCCAGCUUAAGAACCAAGCCAAGAAAACAGAUAUCAACUGUGACGCCACACUCAAAAGCUUGUUUGGUGAGAGGGAUAAGGUUGGGAUGCUGGAGAUCUCUAAGCUUUUGAGCCGUGGCUUCCCGAAAAUCUCCAAGCUUUUGUGGUCCAUGGAGCCAGGGAUGGCUCUUUGGUAAAAGACUUCGUUGUGGAUGGCCUCUUUUAUGGUCCAUGUUAAGUCCCAAGUCCCACUAGGUGGUUAAGCAGAAAAAUCUUGUGAUGGCAUUAAGACUUUCAGACUUUGUUUUUGGGUCUGAUGCAUGUAAAAAGGAUUCCCAGUGUUUCUGUUGCUCUUGCGAUCCUGUGAGGACACAUAUGAGAGAAAUAUUUAGUUUGUUGAUGGCAAAUCUUGUCUUAUGUUCAUGCCUGUACCUAUCUGAUCAAGCGUUAUGAUAUGAUCC